AUGAGGUCCCCUUCCCGCGGCCAGCUCUCCAUGUACCCUCCUGGAGGCGCAGGCAGAAUCGAGGUCACCGUGAAUGGUGACCUGUCCACCUCCGGAUGCCUCAAUGUGGACGGAGCAUGGACCGUCAAUACUGGUAAUUGCGCUGCCGUCUUUGGGAACGGCCAGGGAGGUAUUUCUACAGAGAACGGCUGGUUAAUCCUGGACGAGGAUUCCAAUAUCACAACCACCACUACUACCUGGAGCACAGCUUGGGUUGGAACCCAUACCAACCAGGAUAGAACUGCUCACUACCUUCAAGCGAACGUCGGAAAUACCGGAGGCGAGCCUUGGGGAGGGCAACUGUGGUUCUCCGAUCAAGCUCCCGAAGGUGAUGCAGUUGUUACUCUCAAUGGAAAACAUAUCCACGCUCCUGUGCAUGUUAUCCUAACCUUUGCCUCUACUGCCGGUGAUUCCUAG